UGCAGAACUGAUAAAGAGGCGGCGCCGAGCGAAUCGAAGUGGCCACCUCUCUGGCUUAUCGGCAAUUACUCACCGUCUGAUUUGAAUCGGACCGCCUAUCAUCGAUCGUUCUCACGUGGAGACAUGGAUUUUCACAGCUGCGAUCCAAUACUUGUUGGAAAUUUAUGACAGUCCAAGCACUCCAAACUGUUCGACGAAACGCCUAAGAGAAAAACAUAACUGAAAAUGGGUAGUAAGUCAGUGACGAAGUGGCCGAAGCAAAUAACGCCAUCUCUCGUCGAGGGUUUGAUUUAUUCAGAAAGAGAUUUGGAUAAAGCAAUUUCCAUAUUCGACGCCGCCACCGCCGAGUACUCCAAUGGCUUCCGCCACGACCGGAGCACGUUCGGCCUAAUGAUCCGCCGCCUGCUCUCCGCCAACAAGUUCGUUCCGGCGGAGGACAUGCUUGUCAGAAUGAAGAGAGAGAAGUGCGACAUCACCGAAGAUAUACUCCUCUCCGUUUACAGGGCCUACGCAAGAGUACACAAGCCGCUCGAGGUGAUGAGGGUUUUCGGUAAGGUGAAGGACUACGAAUGCGAGCCCACAGCCAAAUCCUACAUAACGGUGUUCUCCAUUCUCGUGAGCGAAAGCCAGUUGAAAAUGGCGUUCAAGUUUUACCGCCACAUGAGGCAGAAGGGAAUUCCAACCAGUGUUCCUUCUCUUAAUGUCUUGAUCAAAGCACUCUGCAAGACCGCCACCACUAUGGAUUCUGCUUUUCGGAUUUUCCAAGAGAUGCCAAAGCACGGGCACACUCCCGAUUCGUAUACUUACGGGACUUUGAUUAACGGGCUGUGUAGACAUGGGAGAACACUCGAGGCAAAAGAGCUCCUGAUCGACAUGGAAGCAAAUGGCUGUUCGCCGUCAGUUGUUUCGUACAGUUGCCUGAUACACGGCUUAUGCCAGUCGAAUAAGUUGGCCGAUGCAUUGGAAUUAUUCAAGGAGAUGAAGAGCAAAGGCGUCGAGCCCAACGUGUACACGUACAGUUCUCUCAUUGACGGUCUUUGCAAGAACGGGUAUUCUUUACAAGCCAUGGAGCUUUUGGAGAGGAUGACUCGGAAAUCCCUAGUUCCAAAUUCGAUCACCUACAGUUCUUUAAUUCAAGGGUUCUGCAGCGAAGGCAAAAUUACUGAAGCGGUUCGGAUUCUUGAUCGAAUGAAGCUUCAAGACUUGAAACCCGAUGCAGGACUGUAUUCAAAAAUAAUCAACGGCUUUUGUGAGACGAACAAGUUUCAGGAGGCAGCUAACUUCCUCGAUGAAAUGGUUCUUUCGGGCAUAACUCCCAACCGUGUUACGUGGGGUCUACACGUACGGGUUCAUAAUAGAGUAGUACAAGGUUUCUGUGCCGAGGGUUGUCCUAACAAAGCUUUUCCCAUCUAUCUGGGGUUGCGUACGAGAGGCAUAUCGGUUGAGAUGAAAACCUUUGAAUCUCUUAUUCGCUGCUUUUGCAAGACGGAUCUGCACAAAGCUGCUCGGAUUUUGGAUGAGAUGGUGGUCGAUGGAUGCAUUCCCGAUGAGGAAACGUGGAAUGCUAUUUUCAGUGGAUUCUGGGAUAGGAGGAAAGUGCGUGAAGCUGCCGAACUUUUACAUGCCAAGCUGAUAGAUGAAUUCCAGAACGCGUAGCUGUUUUUGUCUGUAAUGAAUUUGAUGGUCGAGGGCUAUCAGGUCUUUCUCAGCUUUUACCGAAUACACUUGGAUCGAGGUUUUUCAUUUCUAUAUUUUUCAUGACGAGCUGGAGUGCUGAAGAGUUAAGAUUGAUUGCUAAAAUGUUCGUUCUUUGUUGUUAUAUGAAUUGAAUUAAAAUUGACCGAUCACGUUUUUGGAAA